UUCUAUCAUUUUUCUUUUGAAAUUCUUGGCCGUAGUCACAUUACUAUUUUGGUGAAUGAAGUUUCUACUUUGAAUACCUCAAGAUACCUACUACCAACUAGUAUAAAUUGAAGUCCAAUAUGAUGUCUCUUUCUUUCAAUUGUAGAGUUUUUUUUAAUAUUAAAAUGAAUCACUUACAAGAACUUGUACAUGGGAAGUAUUCCAUCAAGUAAUUGUCUUUUUCUGGAUAGAAUACAAAUACUAACCUCAGAUAAUCAUCUCCAUGGUGUAUGCUUUACUAAAUUUAAAUAAAUGUAAACAAAAUUAAUUUUAAAUUAAAAAAAAUUCUCAUGAUUUUAUUUAACUGCAAUACUUCAAAAGUAAAGUAAGAAUAUUGCCGAAUAGUACUUUGGUUAGUCUGUCCAAACUUAUAUAAAUCAAGGAAUUAAAAGAGAGGAAAUUAUGAGCGGGAAAAGACCUCACCAUAAAAGUCAUCUCAUAUCCUCCAGAUUUGUCGACGGCUCUCUCCCCACAUUCUAGGAAUGUGUUACCUAACAUGUCUCCGAAUAUCUGCACGGAGAUAUGUUACACUUCUCAUCACAAAUAAUGAACAGCAAUCUUCUUCGCGGGCGUGGCGAGUUUAGAACGACAGGACCUCUAGACUCCGGCCAGCCUUCUCCCAUGCACGGCGGCUGUCAUGAUACCGGGCAACAAGCACCAAGGGAAGAAACUGGAGCGGAAAUAUGGGCCGCGCAGGAAUAAGUGGUGGAUUUUCGCCGCGGGCGACUGAGGGGAAUCGAGUGCUCAGCGUCAGUCACGAGAAUGUCGAGCCGUGACUGACUGACAGGCCCCGGCGUGUGUCGCGCGUCCUGAGUCGGAACCUAGUUCAUGAAAGUGCCCGACAUCGCAAGCAUCGUUCGCGGAGAGAGGCUCGAGAGCUCAGCUUCGUGGGCGGAGUUUCGUUUCGCCAGGUUCAGGUGCCAUGGCUGUCUCGGCUGGGGUCGUGGGGUUUCACGAGGCAGCUUCGAUUUUAGGGAGGGAGUGGGCGAGUGCGGGGAAAUUUGGAGAAUUUCAAUGCGCGAGCGGUCCUGGCCCGAGCGUGACAUUCGGUCGCGGUGCGGCCCUCACGAGAAGCGAUAUCUUCGGCAAUGCUUCCUUGAGCUCCGUCUCUGUUCGUUCGCAGAGUUCGUCUCGUAGUGAGGCCUGCGGUUCUCAAUCGUCUAGGAAGCGCUCGGCCCUGUGCGCCAUAGCUGAUCGCCUAGCGAAGGACUUUGGUGGAACAGAGGAGAGCAGCAGGGUUUCCACUGAGUCGGAUUCUGCGGAUGCGAAGGUGAACUACAAUUGGGAGGAGCAGUGGUAUCCGCUCUACCUGACCCGGGAAGUCCCGAAAGAUGCACCCCUCGGUCUUACCGUGUUCGACCGUAAUCUCGUCGUGUUUUACGAUGGAGACGGCAAGCUCAACUGCCUCGAAGACCGCUGCCCUCACAGGGCGGCGAAGCUAUCGGAAGGGCAGCUCAUGGACGGCAGACUCGAGUGCUUGUACCACGGGUGGCAAUUUCAAGGCGACGGAUCGUGCACCAAAAUCCCGCAGUUGGCUCCGGGAGCCAAGAUUCCGAAGCAAGCGUGCGCGCGGUCGUAUGCCUUGAAGGAGUCUCAAGGAGUCUUGUGGGUGUGGAUGGCGGACCACAGAUCGGCGCCAUACGACAAGGUGCCGUACUUCGACCACUACGACGUAGAAGGGUACGCGGAGUUCGGAGGGGUGCACGUGCUCCCGUACGACUACUCGGUGCUGCUGGAGAAUCUGAUGGAUCCCGCCCAUAUUCCCAUCUCGCACGACCGGUCCGACGGGCCCAGAAGCCGGAGGGAGUUGGCGGAAGCCAUGGUCUUCAAUAUAACCGAGCGGUCCGACGAGGGAUUCGCCGGUAACUGGCACCUGGUCAGCACGCCCGAGGUGAUGAACUUUACGCGGUUCAGCGCCCCAGGCGUCGCGUACACCGAGCAGAAGAAGGUGCUCCCGGACGGCGUGCAGUUACGGUUCAGCGCCACCAUCCUGUGCCGGCCGGCCGGACAAGGGAGCGCCAUGCUGAUCAUCCGGUUCGGGAACUCGCGGGCGGACGGCAAGACGGCGAGCUGGUUGAUGACCCGAGUGCCGCGGUGGUACCUGCACAUGCGGGCCAGCGUCAUCUUCGAGCAGGACAUGGCGUUCCUGAGCUCGCAGAACGAGGUGCUGGUCCGGGAGGGCAAGCCGACCAAGGACCUCUAUCUGAACCUGAAGUCUCAGGACGUGUUCGUGGAAGAGUACCGCAAGUGGCUCGACAAGGUCGGGCACGGCAUGCCGUAUUACUACGGCCACCGGACGUUUUCGCCGGCGCCCGUCUCGGCCGUGCAGGAGGCUUCUCCCGCCGGCCUGAGCGCCAGCGCCUCGUCGACGCAUCCGGCUAAGGGAGCCUUCGGACACCGGUACGCGCGCGACCCGACCAACCGGUAUUUCCGGCACGUCGUCCACUGCAAAGCCUGCCGGACGGCGCUGCGCAACUUCCAGGCCGGCCAGAAGGCGGCGCUGGUGGUGGCGGCGCUCUCCGCUGGCCUCGCCGCCGUUUUGUCCAAGCCCGCCAGCCGAGCCGCCUUCGUGGCGCUGGCCUUCCUCAUGGCCGCUGUGCACUGGGCCUGCUCCCGCGGCGUCGCCGCUCUGACCGAGAACUGGUUCCGCCCACACAAAGCGACGUUGUAGGCAAAUUCUCCCCCUUGCAGUACAUACAUACCUCCUCCGCUUCGUGUCGAGUCUUCUCCGAGAGCACUCUCGCUCGGCUCCGACGUCUCAAUAUUGUGCUUCCGAAUCAGGACGUGGGAGCCGGCCCAGAGAUCUAUCUGAUCGAGCGAGAGUCGGGACUGGUGUGAGAGAUCGCUCUUACGCGAUCGUUGCAGAAAGUCUGCUGUUACGAGGUCUCACACUCUUGUCGUCGUAGAUGGUCGUUCUGAUUCUUCGUAAGCUCUACUGUGUUGCCCGUAAUUGGCGCGAGGGGCGACAUAUCUUGAAAUGACCUGUUGUAGGAAGAGAGGGACGAUUUUUGGUUGUACAAUCUACCGUCUUAGCGUCUUGUACACUCAUAUGUAAAGAAAGCACGU